AUGAGCAGCAGCCACUCUGAGACGGAGGAGCCCUCGGGCCACAAGAACACCGCUACCGAGGACGACACUUCCAUGCUCACCCAACACUCUGAGUACGUCACCGAGCUGCUUGGCGAACGUGCUCGUCUCGGCAAACCGGAACAGCCCUUCAAGCAUCUGCCGCGCCUCAUCGAGGCCGAGAUCAACCGCUUUCUGGGAAGCAUGACCACGGAGAGCAGCCGCACCGAAAAACUGCCGAAGCGCAUCAUGCUCCAGGAGAAGUUGAUCGUGCCCGUCGACAAGUACCCCAAGUAUAACUUUGAACCACUGAACGUGAUUGUCCAAUGUGAGGACUACGAAGAUGUGUGCAGGAAGAAGCUGGAGUACGCGAUCGACAAGGUCAACGUUCUUCUGAACCCUCCGCCGGAGGGCAAAGAUGAGCUGAAGCGUAAGCAGCUGAUUGACCUCUCCAUCAUCAAUGGCACAUACCGCCCGACGGUGGCUACGAAACCUCACUCGGGCUCGCACAAUCGCAGCCAUCUCUCUAGCCCAGCGGACAGCUACCACUACAGUCCUCGCGGAAGGCUUGAGCGCGAGCCACCGAUGCUGGACCUCCAGAAACUGCUCAAUUUGCUGUCGCCGAAGUCUACCAAUGGGCAAAGGGACCGAGCUCGGCCCUACACGGAUCUUAUGGGCCACAGCCACGUUCCACUACUCGUCCGGAAUUUCCGGUGGAUUCCGUAUUGUCUGAUCGUGCAACUGAUGCUAUUUGCGGUGCCCAAGUUUGCCUGGACUACCUUCGGAUUGUCGGCUGAUGGAGUGAAUAAGGUCGUCUCGAUCAUCUCCCAGACGCGCUGCCUCAAAGAUUUGACCGGCGAAGAGCGAUCCCGGGAGAUAGACGGAAUCUGCGAAUUCUUUCUGAACACGCCCGCAACCAUGGCGAUGGCUUCCGCUGCUCUACGAAACAGUCAAGUGCGCAUCUCAUCGCCAUCUGAUCAACUGUUUGAGUAUUUCGUCAACACUGCCCUGAUGCCAGAUGGAUGCAUUGCUCUGUGGUUCAUACGAGAGACCGGAUCAAGAAGAACACCAAGCCGAUUCUACGUGUACAGGGCAGUCUGGACUACCUCGGUGGCCCUGGUCCGUCCAACCGAGCCCGGUCGUGUUCACGGAUUGCGCUGUAUCCGGGCGAGAAAUUGCCAU